AUGUCGCUCUUUCUAUCAGUUUGCAGGCUGAAAUCGUCGGUUAGCUUCCUUACUCGACCAGAUCGACCAAAUCUAGCUUAUCAUAAGCUAAAAGGCAGGAAUCCAGGGAUUAUUUUCCUUCCAGGCUUUAAUUCAAAUAUGAACGGUCAGAAAGCAAUUGCCCUUGAGGAUUUCUGCAGCUCUCUGGGUCAUGCCUUCAUCAGAUUUGACUACACAGGAUGUGGAAAUUCAAAUGGUAAUUUCGAGGAGUGCACAAUAGGGAAAUGGAGGAAGGAUGUUCUGUCUAUACUGGAUGAACUUACAGAUGGACCACAGAUCCUGGUGGGCUCCAGCUUAGGGGGAUGGCUGAUGCUUCAUGCUGCCAUGGCACGCCCAGAUAAAGUGGCUGCUCUAGUUGGAGUGGCUGUAGCAGCAGAUCACCUCGUAACAACUUUUAACAGGCUUCCUAUUGAGACACAAAAAGAAAUAGAAGAUAAAGGCGAAUGGAAAUUUCCAACAAAGCAUAAUGAGGAAGGCUACUACACUCUGCCGUACGACUUCAUUAGAGAAGCAGAAAACCACUGUGUGUUGAAUAGUCCUAUUCCUAUAACAUGCCCCAUAAGACUUAUUCAUGGCAUGAAGGACGAGGACGUGCCUUGGAAGAUCUCUCUGCAAGUUGCGAGUCGUGUUCUGAGCAGAGAUGUGGAUGUGAUCCUCCGCAAAGGCGGCCGGCAUCGCAUGAGCGAGAAGGAGGACACCAAGCUGCUCGUGAACACCGUUGACGACCUCAUUGACAAGCUGAGCACAGUAACCUAA